AUGCCAAAUCCACCGCCCCCAUCAGACCUCCCAAUAUACUCUUUCUCCACCGCCCAAGAUCUCGAAGCCUUUCUCGAGCGCGAACAUUCCACAGCGUCCGGCUUCUACCUCAAACUUGCCAAAAAGGCCUCCGGCCUCCAAUCCGUAUCUGCCGCCGAAGCAGUCGAGACAGCUUUAUGCUUCGGUUGGAUCGACGGUCGUGCUAAUGCCUUCGAUGAGAACUGGUGGCUCGCGCGAUACACGCCUCGCCGGACCAAAAGUAUCUGGUCUCAGAAGAAUGUGAACACCGUCAGCCAGCUCAUCGAGAGUGGUCGAAUGCGACCGGCUGGUUUGGCUGCCGUGGAUGCUGCAAAGGCCGACGGGCGCUGGGAGCGCGCUUAUGCUGGCCCAGCUACGAUUACCGUCCCUGACGAUUUGGCGGCUGCUUUGGCGGCGGAGGUGGGAGCGAAGUCCUUUUUUGAGACCCUGAAUAAGAGUGACCGGUAUGCGGUCUUGUGGCGGGUGCAGACGGCCUCUCCGACUGUGAGGGCUAAGAGGAUUGACAAUAUGGUGCAGAUGUUGGCUGAGGGCAAGCGACCUGCUGAUUUCACGUCCUCUUCAGUGUCUUCGGAGAAGCGCAAGAGUAAGGAGAAUGAUAGUGCGCCUGAUUCGAAACGGAGCAGUCGAAGAGCAGCAACGAAGAGAUAG